GCUCGGUGUCCCGGAAUUUCUGCAUCAGUUCAAUGGCAAAUCCUUUGUUAUUGCAGACAGCGGCUAUGUCAUCAAGGAUCCUCAGGGCGAGUGGUUGGAAGUCGGAUUUGAUGUUCGGAAGUUCCCUUUCCUCUUCGUGGAUGUACUGUACAACUUCCGGGACUUUAUUCCGCUGGCGAAGUGUCACUAUGGCUUCACCGUCCAGGCCGUUGAAGACGAGGAUUUGCCUGAAGGCAUCAUCUGUGCCUCAGCCGAUGCAGCCACAAUGCUCCAGAAGAUGCGUGCAUGUCAGCAUGUUGCCAAACCGACAACCACCAUUAUGAAAUGGCAUUGUGUACCAAAGGAAGUCAAGUUUCACGGGAAGCAGGGGGACACAUGGAGUGCGCAGGGCUCUGUCCAACGAAUCUCUCCUCCACACUCCAGGAAAACGUACCUGCAUGCAUCCGCCGGCCCCGGCGAGGGCAGCUGGGGGAUGCACCCUUCUCAGCAGAUGUAA